GUGAAUAAAAUAUCUCGUUGUUAUUUACCUGAGUUUCACCGAAUUUGUUACACAAAAGUGCAUACAUUUUUCGACUAUGGCAAACGAUGAUGUACACAUAUUUAUCAAACGAGAGGGCACAGGAGACAAGGGGCGAGAUUACGAAAACCUUUUCGUCUCUAAUGUUUCUUUACGUCUAGCAAAGGACAACAAUCAAGAAUUUCUAAUAUCGUCCAACAAUGGCAAGUUCGGCUCUUUUGACGACGUUGUAAUGGAAAGUAUAAAUCAAGUAAACUUUGCUCUACAACUGAAACAUUCCGAAACAGCGAAACAUUUAAAUUUAGAAAGCCUAGGGGCUAAAACAGAGAAUAUCUCCGUCGAACUCGAUGAUGGUGAAAAGUUUUCCGUUAAAAUAACUGAGUGUCAAGCUGAUCCUUUAAUUAACACAAGCAAAACUAGUGAUAAAUGUUAUACAUUUGAAGUAAUAAAAAAACAAAAUUAUUAUUCAAAGAAACUUGAUGCGUAUGAAGAGUUCUUUAAAAAAUUUUAUUUAUAUACAGAUCAGUGUAACGUCGAUCAAUUAAAAGAUGAAGUCUACAGACAAAUGCGUGAGUUAUUUUCAUGUGAAGAUAAAAUCUGCAACAGGUAUCUGCAGUACGUGUCGGAUUGGAGUAAACGCAGUGGAAAAAAGGAAAAACUCACUACAAAGACGGUCCAACGUAUUAUCGCUCUCUACUUAGUGGAUCCUUUUAUUUGCUCAAUGAAUUUUGAUUCGGAGUGUUCAAAUGGAAAAUUAUUGCGGGAGGCAAUUUUUUACUUUCGGGUAACCGUUUUUAAAGGAAAUUUAGAGAGUGUUGUGAAAAUAUGGACUAAUUUGAAAAAUAAGCAGAUCGAGAACGAAAAUAAUAUAAUAACCAAUAAAAUGUAUCAAAUAAGUUCCAAGUAUGUCGGUACAACUGACAAAUUAAAUGACAAAGAAAAAACACUUUUAUUGUGGUUGUUGGAUGAGUGCCCACUUAUUGUUAGAAUGGACGAUUUAGUUUGUAAAGCCAUUAAGUUUUGUACCAGCGGAAAAUUUGUUCUAAUUGGGACAAACGACAACAACUUUAACAGGUCUAAUACUUUGAAAGAUGUGGAAAUUUUUCAGAAUCUCUCUAAUCUAAAGGACAAGAACGGUGCGGAACAUGAAACAUGGAAAAGUAUAAUUGCAGAUUUUAAAUGUGGAUUACCUGGAAAAGAAUAUAGUAUAGAAGAAUUAAUUCAAGAACACAGCAAGCUACAAACAAACAUUAACCUCAACACAAUUAUAACCACAGAUGAUUUACUCAAAAUGACAGACAAUGGAAACAUAUACAAGAUUCAAUUUAGAAACGAAGAACUUCCCUCUCCUUACAUACAGAGAUCCGUAGCUACUCAUCGCAUUAAUAGAAAAUAUUUAGACACGUUAGAUGACAGUACUUUAAUUGUGAUCAGCAAUGUAACUGAACAAGACCAGAUUUUGUUUAAACAUUAUUCUCUAGUUAUUGUCGACGAAUAUUUGAACACGAAUGUUAAAAAUGUACUUUCUUCUAAAAAAAAACAGAUCUACAUCAGUGAAAGUUUGUGCUCACAAGCAACAUUCAAAAAAAUAUGUGAUCGAAAUGAUGGAGUGAAAAAAUGUCAACAUUUCAAACUUUCGAACCGUAUGUUGGAAUGGGUCAAAAGUAAUAACGAGUUCGUUGAUCUGGAAAAAUACUAUGUUAAACAAGAGUUAAAAUUUGUUGAAGAGAAAGAACUGUUUUCAUUAAAUGCCGAAAAUAAUAUUCACUUGAUAUCAGAUCAUGCUGGAACAGGAAAAUCAUCGUUAUUGAAAAAUUUCAAUAAUAAUAAUAACUCUUCACAAAAAUUAAGUAUGUUUUUAACGCCGAAAGAAAUGCUUAAAAUCUGUCAGCAUCUCAAACACAAGGAAAUGGAUGAAGUUGAAAAUUUUAUUAUAGAUUUAAAACAUUCAAACGAUAGUGCGUUUGUUAAAGAAAUAUUAAAAAGUAUGUUACACUGUGGCAAUAUUGUAUAUAUUUGGGACGCCCUUGAUGAAAUUGAGGAAAAUUACUUAGAAGAUAUUCAUCCAGGAUUAGAUUGCAAAAAUAUCUAG